AUGCAGCUCACAGAUAGAUUGCCUGAUUCCCCUUUGUUUGUGAAGCUUCUUAAUGAGGCCCAGAAAGAUUUCGAUCACGUUGCCAUCCAUGAUCCGGCCAGUGAUGUUGCUGUCACCUAUCCUCGUCUUGUAGAGGAUAUUCUCGUAUACCGACACAUAAUUCGAGACAACCUCCCUCAAGAAUUGCUCAAUGAACAGGGCAUAAUGCGACAUAAUGAAACCUAUUUCGCUUUGGUAGCUUCUCAGUCUUACGAGUUUAUCGCGGCCUUCUUUGCCAUUUUGGCCCUUGGUGGUGUUGCCAUGCCUAUAUCGCCAUAUAUUCAUCCAGAAGAAGCCAGCUACAUGAUGUCAAGAGCAAGCCCAGUCUGUGUUAUCUCAACUGCCGAGAGCAUCAAGUUCGCUGAAAAAGUCCAGCAGCAGUGCGCUUCUGGAGGUAUUGCACCAAGUCUGAUUACCAUUUCGGAAAACGCAAGCUCUACUAGGCCAGCUUCUGGUGCCCACCUUGAAGUUGACCGGGGAGUCACCUUCUCAUCUGACAGACCAGCGCUCUUGGUUUUCACCUCCGGCACCACUGGUCGCCCGAAGGGUGUGCUCCAUGCGCUGCGCCGGUUGCUGGGGAACUUUGGCGCUAUUGGCACAUCGAAAGACACUUAUCUCGUACAUCGCCCACUCGCGAAUACUUCCAUCCUGACUGGAACUGUUACCGCGUUGUUGAAUGGCGUGGCAGUAGAGCUAUCUAGAGCUACUGGGCAGGCCAGCGAGGUGUGGACCAGGCUUCGCAGUGGGGGCGUUACCAUUCUAACCGGGAAUGGUGAAUUCUGGAUGAACCUCAUGAGACAUUUCUAUGAUCAUAUCAACCUUCUGGCUCCGGAAGAAGUGUCGGAGUAUCUGAAGGGUGCGCAGGAUGUCCGGAAAGCGACUUGCGCGGGUGUCAUGCCAACCCCGUCUGUGAAACACUUUUGGAAUAAGGUUUUCGAAGGACGUCCUCUCAUAGUGGCCUAUGGAUCGAGCGAGAUGGGCGGGGUGCUAUCAACAAAGCAGGAUGCUCCGCAAAUCACCGAUCCCUCACUGGGAAGGCCGCUGCCUGGGGUAAUACUCAAACUUUCUGAUGGCGAUCACGGUGAGAUGUUGAUCAAGACACCCACGAUGCUUCUAGGGUACCUGAAUGACCCGCAGACCACCAGUUCUGCCUUUGAUGAAGAAGGAUUCUUCCGGAGUGGCGAUCUGGCCCAUGUCAAAGAAGGUCGUGUCAUCCUAGACGGUCGGGCAAAUACCGGAUUUGUCGACUAUUACAGCGAAAAGGUCUCCAUCCUCGAAGUCGAAACAGCGAUACAAGAUCUGCCGUACGUGACGGAAGGCUACAUCCUCGCUGUGGCCGACACAGCAUCAAGAUAUCGCGUGGCCGCUCUGCUGAGGGUCAAGAACAACAGGUUUCCGGAUGGCUCACAAGGCAGCCCUACGCUUGCGACCCUUCGCCAGGACCUAGCAACCAAGCUAGAGUUGUACAAGCUGCCCACAGUGCUUCGAAUCCUGAGGGACAAGGAAGUGAUUCCUUUGACUUCGUCAGGGAAAGUCAAGCGACACGAAGCCACACGGGCGUAUUUCCCCCAGUCAGUAGAUAGGGAUAUGACUACUUUGCCGACGGAGGUUGAAGUCUGGCCUACAGAACAGCUGGAUGACCCUCGCGGUCCAUGGGAUUGGCCGCUACGGUUUCCUGGACGAAGUGCGAAGAUUUCCCCUUCAUCGUAA